AUCUACUCUUCAUGUGUUGUGCUAUGUCGUUUUAAUAGCCUACCUAAACGUUGCACAAAGUUUCCACCACUUGUAACCGUUUUUGAUCGCAUUUGGAAAUCCACAUGCAUCCUUUUUUUUGGAAAGAAAACUGGAGUGAAGAUUGAAUAGAGGCUGGGCAUUUGACCAAUCACAGGCAGCACUGUAUUAGAAUCCAGCCCACCAUUUAAAAGCCACUUCCCUGGCCGUGUGACGCCAUUAUCGGCUGACUGUAGCAAUGGCAAGGACAGGGGUGCUCACUCUCUUUGCGCUCCCUCUAGUAGGCCUAGCCCUAGGCGAAGAUAUAUCUGCAUAUUUGGGAGACUCCGUUACACUGAAUGCGAGUGAGGAGUGCGAUAAAUUCAUCCUUAUUCAUCGGCUCACAGAUGACACACCGGUGACUGUAGCAAAUUAUGUUGACGAUGUUUGGAAGCCGCAUGGAAGUUAUGGAGACCGGACUGAACACCGUUCAAGUAUUUCUGUCAGGUUAACGCGUAUCAACUACAACGAUAACGGGCACUUUGAGUUUACCUGCGGCAGCCGCGUUGUUACCACUAUCCAGCUGAAGGUUUUUGAAAUCUUCAACAUAUCAGUGACUGAAGGAGAACAAGUCACACUCCCGUACCAUUUCUAUACUGCAGAUAAACCCGCGAAGCCUAUAAGAUGGAAAAAAGACGGAGAGCUUGUGUUUGAACAGCAACAACCCUCCGGGGAGAUCAGAUAUGGGACAGGAUUCAAGGGAAGAAAUGUAUCUCUAUCACCUGAUUGGUACAGCAAUGGAGAUUUGUCGCUGACUUUCGGGCGAGCUCAGCCGGAGGAUGAGGGUGUGUAUAUCUGCUACACGGAUGGACAGAGAACGAGGGGAGACCGUGCUGUGAGGGUGAAGAUCACCACCAAAAGAAACCCGGAUCAGAUCACAUGUGCGCCCCAGAUUGUGCCACCGUCACAGGGCGUCCCACAAGAUAAUUGGGCAAUUGUCGGCAAAAUAGCAGUUGGGGUGUUUGUGGCCCUUAUUCUGCUUAUUCCGCUUGGCUGGUGGUUGAAGUCUCGCUGCUCCAGACCUGGACCCGGCGGAGGACGAUAUUCAGAUGUGUCUACGGGGCCUCCUACUCAAGCCAACGGGUGCUCCCCGUCAGAUAAUGCUCAAGCAGAGUCCCCGGUCUAAAGACAUCAGAGGUUCAAUUAACUCCUUGUAUUUUCCAUUUUUAAGUGUCAUGCAUUAGCAUUAACAAACAAUCGGAAACCUGCCCAAUAAUUCCAUGAAAUGACCAGAAAACAUGCUAUAUCAUUAUUGACAUAUGAAAUGAACUCGGGAUAGACGAUUUUGGCCAUAUCACCCAACCCUAAACACACAGCUGCAGGUUCUGGUUUAUGAUGAUGGUUUAGCUACUUUCCAAUAAUUUUAAUUACUUGUUUCAAAAAGGAGAAACAAAAGAACAAUCACACAGUGGGUGGCCAAAAUGAUCUGCUUCUUUUUUAACAUCUUUAACAAUAAUUGUCAGCCAUAAGUCCAAUAUGUUUUAUAUUUAUAAAUGUUAUAUAUAUAUAUAUUAUAUAAUGUUUUUAUUGUUUUUAAUUUGCCCACUGCAUCUCUAACCGACCACCCUGCAUAGCCACUGUGUUUUCCACAUAUCCUCUCAUACGUCUGUUCUCCUAAUUUAAAAUAUUUUAUCAUCUCUCUGUACAUUUUCUAUGUAGCUACAAAUGCAUUUCAUUGUGUGACCUUGUGUAUAAUGACAAUAAAUCUGAACCCGGAACCUUACAUUUUGUCUGGUAAUGCAAAAAAGUAGUGUGUAUAUUUAACAUACCAAUAUGUUUAUU